UAAAUAGGACCGGGGCGCCGCGAGGAGCACACUGGAGCUUCCACCGAGACUCCGGACCUCACAUCCCGUGCUCUGCACCCCACACCUCCAGAAGCACCAUGACCUGCGGAUCAGGAUUCAGCAGCCGCGCCUUCAGCUGCGUGUCGGCCUGCGGGCCCCGGCCCGGCCGCUGCUGCAUCACGGCCGCCCCCUACCGCGGCGUCUCCUGCUACCGCGGCCUCUCCGGGGGCUUCGGCAGCCGCAGCCUGUGCGGGGGCUUCCGCGCCGGCUCCUGCGGCCGCAGCUUCGGAUACCGCUCUGGCGGCGUGCGCGGGCCCAGCGCGCCCUGCAUCACCACCGUGUCGGUCAACGAGAGCCUCCUGGCGCCCCUCAACCUGGAGAUCGACCCCAAUGCGCAGUACGUGAAGCAAGAGGAGAAGGAGCAGAUCAAGAGCCUCAACAACAGGUUCGCUGCCUUCAUCGACAAGGUGCGCUUCCUGGAGCAGCAGAACAAGCUGCUGGAGACCAAGCUGCAGUUCUACCAGAACCGCAAGUGCUGUGAGAGUAACCUGGAGCCGCUGUUCAGCGGCUACCUCGAGACGCUGCGGCGGGAGGCCGAGCUAGUGGAGGCCGACAGCGGGAGGCUGGCCUCGGAGCUCAACCACGUGCAGGAGGUGCUGGAGGGCUACAAGAAGAGGUAUGAGGAGGAAGUUUCUCUGAGAGCGACAGCUGAGAACGAGUUUGUGGCUCUGAAGAAGGACGUGGACUGCGCCUACCUCCAGAAGUCGGACCUGGAGGCCAACGCGGAGGCGCUGACCCAGGAGGUCGACUUCCUGCGGCGACUCUAUGAGGAGGAGAUCCGUGUUCUCCAAGCCCACAUCUCGGACACCUCGGUCAUCGUCAAGAUGGACAACAGCCGGGACCUGAACCUGGACAGCAUCGUGGCCGAGAUCAAGGCUCACUACGACGACAUCGCCAGCCGCAGCCGGGCCGAGGCUGAGAGCUGGUACCGUACCAAGUGCGAGGAGAUAAAGGCCACGGUGGUCCGGCACGGGGAGACCCUGCGCCGCACCAAGGAGGAGAUCAACGAGCUGAACCGCCUGAUCCAGAGGCUGACUGCCGAGAUCGAGAAUGCCAAGUGCCAGAUCUCCAAGCUGGAGGCCGCCGUAGCCGAGGCUGAGCAGCAGGGCCAGGCGGCCCUCAACGACGCCCGCAGCAAGCUGGCCGGGCUGGAGGGCGCCCUGCAGAAGGCCAAGCAGGACAUGGCCUGCCUGCUGAGGGAGUACCAGGAGGUGCUGAACUCCAAGCUGGGCCUGGACAUUGAGAUCGCCACAUACAGGCGCCUGCUGGAGGGCGAGGAGCAGAGACUGUGCGAAGGUGUUGGGGCCGUGAAUGUCUGUGUCAGCAGCUCUCGCGGUGGGAUCGUCUGCGGGGACCUCUGCGUGUCCGGCUCCCGGCCAGUGGCGGGCAGCGUCUGCAGCGCCCCCUGCGGCGGGAACCUGGUGGUGAGCACUGGCCUGUGCGCGCCCUGCCAUUCCACCACGUCCUGCGGCCUGGGCACCGGCGGCGUGGGCUCCUGCGGCAUCAGCUCCUGCGGCGUGGGCUCCUGCACCAGCAGCUGCCGCAAAUGUUAGGCGCCCCGGCUCAAGCCCCCGGGCCGGCAUCUCCCCCGCGCGGCCCGGCAAGGCUCGCCCCGCCUGCUCCAGCCCCGCCCAGGCCCCAGGGCGGAGCAAGCACUUGGCUACUUCUCCGGGCUUUGAAAGGUCCGCCCCACUCCUGGCCUCUCACCUCUAUGUGUGAUUCCCUGUCCCUCGGCUCUGCCGCUUUCUGCUGGGAAAGGCUACCCCAGGAAGAAGUCCUCUUGGCACCCACAGGAAGGGGGCUCGGGGGCAGAGAGGACCAGCGCCCUACCCUGAGCUGCCAUGGGACCCAUGGGCGGAAACCCCCAGCCUCUUCCUCCCCUUCUCUGCCGUGUUCAUCUCUGUCUCUGUGUUUCCAAUAAAUCAAUGUAGCCAGCCCUGCGCCUUGUCUGCAUCUCUGUUAUCCUCCUCAAGGGUCGGGGUUUGGGAGGGUCCCCAAAAUCACAUGGAGCAGAAAAAAAGCCUAGUCUGGGCUCUCCAGUACAGGCCUCUGUCCCUGGGCUCACAGCAGUCUCAGAUUUAGCCAGGGGUUGUGCUGGGCCCCGACACGGCGUAAUUUCAUCCACACCACCUUCAUGGUACGUCUUGCAGAUGGAGCUCAGAGACACGCGGUAGCUGGGGCAGGGCCCCACACUGAGUUCAGGGGCACA